AUGCCUCGUGUCUCAGCGCCAAAAAUAAGCAAGGCUUGUAUGCCUUGCCGAGCACGCAAAAUCAAAUGUGACGCUCCAAGCAUUGGAUUGCCUUGCAGUAGCUGCGUUAGCAGGGAGACUACCGGUGAUUGUGUUUUGUCAAUUCGCAAACGCCGAACUUUAAGAGGUCGAAACACCGAGUCACGGAGAGCUCUUUCUAAUGACAAUGAUCUCAUACCGACACCUGUAUCCCAGAAUCGUCUCUCGCAUGCUGAUAGUAGUGCAACUAACGACUUGAACCCUACUUCUAUUGACGGAUCUAUUCACGCAAGCCAAGGAUGUAGCUCUCACGCGCACGACAGCCCUGACUCGCCUGAAAGUCAUGUACCACGUCGGCCUCAACCCGAUCUUCUUUAUUUAAACAUCUUGCAAGAUACUGUUGACAGAACUGCCGCUAGCCAAAACGACGCUGGUAAUGUUACAACAAAUGAUGAAGACAAUUGCUUCAAUACUCAAAUACGUAAUUGGAACCCUCUGCUGCAACUUGACGAAGUCGACAAUGAGUAUCUUUCUAAGAAAGGCGUGUUUAAACUUCCAGCGCCGAAACAUAUGGACGCCUUUGUCAAAGCGUACUUCGACCAUGUGUAUCCGUUCGCUCCAGUCCUAAAUAGGGCUGAGUUCAUGGAGAGUUACCGAUCGGGGGACUGCUCGCUAUUCCUUCUGCACGCUAUAUCAACCGCUGGAAGCCCCUAUGUACCCUUAGAAGUGAUUAAAGCCUGCGGGUACACUGACCGCUCAGCAGCCCAUAUGGCAUUCUUCUUGAAAGCUAAGCUUUUCCAUGACUUUCAUUGUCAAGGUGGUUCUCUCCCUAUGCUACAGGGAUCUAUGAUCCUUGGCGCCAUCAUACCUGACCAUCCAUCGGAUAGAGACUUCCAUUACUGGUUUCAUAACUCGGUCCGAUGGGCAUCUAGGUUGGGCCUACAUAGUCCCAAACCGCGCCCCCAAAACGAAGUGUGUCAAAAGCUUUACCGACGGAUAUGGUGGGUUUUGCAUAAUAGGGACAUCUUCUAUUUUUUUGUCAACACUCAGAACUUGCGGCUACUAGUAACUGCACCUCCGAUCGAGCCCCUUACGGAGGAUGACUGGGAGGACGAAAAUAUCCUACCGUUCUCGGAUUUGUUGUCGCCGAUAAAUCAUCAGCAAAGGGUCUCUCUGGUAGCUCAUACCGAGUUGGCUCAAAUCUUCGGCGACCUGACAACAACUAUCACGGGUGAGCCAUCACAAGAUAUGCAGCGAGUAAUGCAGCCAUUGGACAGGUGGCGGAUAUCCUUGCCUAUCAAGAUGAACCUCAACGACUCCUCACUUAAUGAUGACCCAUACUUACUUGAAGCUUUGACGACCAGCUACAGGUUUGAGUGCGUCAUGUGUCGAUCGCUGCGUCGCGGACGAUGGGGGCUCUGCACUGACGAUGCACGUAAGUGGGCGCAAGGGAGAUUUCGCGCUGCUACUCUUGAGCUUGACUCGAUACUAAAGAAAGUACUUUUGGGCGAUAUUAUUCGGAUGAUGCCGACGACCUUUAUUACCACCAUCGCAGCUCUCCUAGCAUUGCACAUAGAGUCCGCUUUGGACUCAUCGCAAUCAGAUAUCGCACGAUCUAUGGCCCGCGUAUCGAUCCAGUUCACCAUGCUUGCUCUUAACCAGAUACAGGAUGCUCCUGCUAUUAAAAGAGCACUACCUGCGUUUGAGAUGGUCCUUUCAAAGAAUAAGCUAUACCCGUCAUCGCUUCAUGACGUUGCGCAAGUGGAAACACAUGGCCUUCAAGAGGGAAACAUAGAGGACGAAUCGGUGCACGUGGCGAUCCAAUCGGACACAAUUUUCUCUCAAGAUGUCAAUGAUCAGAUUCCGUUCCUUGGUGGAGAUUUAGCAGGUUUCGAAUUCUUCGACCGAUGGCAGAUGGAACAGUUGGACUUUACUGGUAUUCUGAGAUAA